CGGCCGCAUCUGCUGCCGCUCUUACUGCUGCUUCUGGGCUGCCUGGGCCGCGGCGCCGCUGCAGAGGACGCCGAAGUCAACGCCGAGAACUGGCUGCGACUCUAUGGCUACCUGCCUCAGCCCAGCCGCCACAUGUCCACCAUGCGCUCGGCCCAGAUCCUGGCCUCAGCCCUCUCUGAAAUGCAGCGCUUCUACGGGAUCCCUGUCACCGGCGUGCUCGACGAAGAGACCAAGGCGUGGAUGAAGCGGCCCCGCUGUGGAGUGCCAGAUCAGUUUGGGGCGCGUGUGAAAGCCAAUCUGCGGAGGCGGAAGCGCUAUGCCCUCACCGGCAGGAAGUGGAACAACCCCCACCUGACCUUCAGCAUCCAGAACUACACAGAGAAGCUGGGCUGGUACCACUCGCUGGAGGCGGUGCGCAGGGCCUUCCGCGUGUGGGAGCAGGCGACGCCCCUGGUCUUCCAGGAGGUGCCCUACCAGGACAUCAGGCUGCGGCGGCAGAAGGAGGCUGACAUCAUGGUCCUCUUUGCCUCCGGUUUCCAUGGCGACAGCUCACCCUUUGAUGGCACAGGCGGCUUUCUGGCCCACGCCUAUUUCCCCGGCCCUGGUAUGGGUGGGGACACCCAUUUCGACGCAGAUGAGCCCUGGACCUUCUCCAGCACGGACAUGCAUGGGAACAGCCUCUUCCUGGUAGCGGUGCAUGAGCUGGGCCAUGCGCUGGGGCUGGAGCACUCCAGCAACCCCAGUGCCAUCAUGGCGCCAUUCUACCAGUGGAUGGACAUUGACAACUUCCAGCUGCCCGAAGACGACCUCAGGGGCAUCCAGCAGCUCUACGGCACCCCAGACGGUCAGCCACAGCCUACCCGGCCCCUCCCCACUGUGACACCCCGGCGGCCAGGCCGGCCAGACCAUCGGCCCCCCAGACCCCCCCAGCCUCCACCCCCAGGCGGGAAGCCAGAGCGGCCCCCAAGGCCAGGCCCCCCAGUCCAGCCCCGAGCCACUGAGCGGCCUGACCAGUAUGGCCCCAACAUCUGCGACGGGGACUUUGACACAGUGGCCAUGCUGCGUGGGGAGAUGUUCGUGUUCAAGGGCCGCUGGUUCUGGCGGGUCCGGCAUAACCGUGUCCUGGACAACUAUCCUAUGCCCAUUGGGCACUUCUGGCGUGGUCUGCCCAGCGACAUCAGUGCUGCCUACGAGCGCCAAGACGGGCGCUUUGUCUUUUUCAAAGGUGACCGCUACUGGCUCUUCCGAGAAGCGAACCUGGAGCCCGGCUACCCACAGCCGCUGACCAGCUAUGGCCUGGGCAUCCCCUACGACCGCAUCGACACAGCCAUCUGGUGGGAGCCCACGGGGCAUACCUUCUUCUUCCAAGCGGACAGGUACUGGCGCUUCAAUGAGGAGACACAGCGUGGAGACCCUGGCUACCCCAAGCCCAUCAGUGUCUGGCAGGGGAUCCCCGUCUCCCCCAGAGGGGCCUUCCUGAGCAACGAUGCAGCCUACACCUACUUCUACAAGGGCACCAAAUACUGGAAGUUCGACAAUGAUCGCCUGCGAAUGGAGCCUGGCUACCCAAAGUCCAUCCUGCGGGACUUCAUGGGCUGCGAAGAGCCAGGACCCCGAUGGCCCGAUGUGGCCCGUCCGCCCUUCAACCCCGACGGGGGUGCAGAGCCUGGGGCAGGAGGUGAAGGCCAGGAGGGCGACGAAGACCAGGGGGCCGGCCCGGGUGCUGGGGAGGGGACAGAUGAGGAUGGGGGCAGCCGCGUGGUGGUGCAGAUGGAGGAGGUGACUCGGACAGUGAACAUGGUGCUGGUGCUGGUGCCGCCGCUGCUGCUGCUCCUGUGCAUCCUGGGCCUCACCUACGCGCUGGUGCAGAUGCAGCGCAAGGGCGCGCCCCGCAUGCUCCUGUACUGCAAGCGCUCUCUGCAGGACUGGGUCUGACCCGCCGCCCUCCUGCUCCUCACGGUGCUAGGCUGGCGGAGCCUGUGGUUUGAGACUGCUCCUGGGGCACCCAGCAAGAGCCUUCGGUGGCUCCCUCAGUCCCUGGGUGGGCCCCGCCCCCCAGGCCCUCCAACAUCCCUGCCAGCCCUGACCCCAUUGUUUAUUUAUGCCCAGGUUUUUUUGUUUUUUUGGUUUUUUUUUUUUUUUUUUUUUUGCACACUAACUGAGCAUUGGUUUCUACUUUCCCAACCAGGGGCAGUCAGUCCCUCAGGGCAGGGGGUUAGAGAGCUUUCUAAAUGGAGUUUUGCUCCAGACAGGGAAUCAGGCCCCCACCCACCUCUGGCUUGGCCACAGCCAGCAGAGGGGAGGGUCAGAAGGCCCAGGUGGGAGAGGCUGACUUGAGCUGUGAGCUGUGGAGGUUCCUCUGGAGCUGGGCCCUCCACAGCCUGAGUCCCAGGGCCAGACCCUGAGCUCUGCUGAAGCUCGUAGGGCCUGACUGGUCUCCACCCACCUAAGUCUUUCUCUGCCUUAGGAACAGCUCUCACCCAGGGCCACCCCAAGUCAGAGGGAAUGGAAGGGGAGGUGACCCUUGGCUAUGAGUCCAUGUGGAGUUUUGGUUCCUUCCCAACCAACCUCUAACCACCCCAGCAGCCCAGGCUCUUUGUGCCUAAGAACCCUACACCCUCCCCUGGCCAGCCGAGGGGCCAGCAACCCCCAGCUCCCAUGUACCCCUUGAGCCCACACCUCCUUUUCCGUCUAGAGAAGGGGUCCUGGGCCCGCCUUACCACGGACCAAAGGAGGUCUGCCAAGGCCCCUCCACCCCAGGAGCCUUGCCUCCCUGGCUGGGCCUCCCGCCCCCGUCUACCUUCCCUCUCUAAGCUGUAUGACCCAUCCAGGCUCCUUCCCUGGGCCUAAUGCCACCCUCUCUCACCCACACCACCAUCCUCAGGGGUCUCAGAACCCCA